ACUCCAUGGGCAAGAUCUUGGUGGUAGACUAUGCCCAAGGCCAAGUGCACAGCUUUGCUCUGGACCACGCCUUCAGGACACUCAACGUCCACUCCGUCCCUGACCUGCAGGGGCCUCGCUACGUCAGCCCAGCGCCCAGCGGGGGCUUUGUGGUGAGCGAGGAGUGUGGGGAUGUCAAGGUCUUCACGAGCAGCCACAAGCUGCUCUGCUCCCUCAGCAGCAAAUACGGACACCAGUUUGGCAACCCCGCUGGGGUGUGUGUGGAUAGGGAUGGCAGCAUCCUGGUGGCAGACGAGCAGCGCCGGACAGUCCACCUGUUCCCACAGCACGGGGCUCCUGUGUGCCUGGUGUCCACGGGGCUGCGGAGGCCUGUGGGCAUGGCUUGCUCCUCCUUCGGGCACCUCUUGGUGGCAGACGCGGGGGAGAACUGUGUCAAAGUCUUUAAGUACUGCGUGAGACCCCCUUACAAUCCCACCAACCCUGGGGCACCGUGUGCCCUCAGUGUGGGCAUGGUGCUGAACGGCUCCCUGGCCUCUGCUGAUGUCCAAGACCUGAGUCCAGUCACCACCUCUCACCCCAAACGAUCCCUGGAGAGGGCCUUGCUCCUUCCUGGCCUUGGAACAAGCACUGAAGAUGAUGGAUACCCCAUGGUGCCCUCCCAGACCCCUCUCCCUGUAGAAUGA